GCCUCCUUGAGCUGCUUUCUGCACACGGGGUUGUAGGGCGGUGGAUGUCUUUUCGUAACUGAAAUCACCACUGGGCGUCUUUGGAGCUUCCUGCUUUCACCUUGCUUUGUUGACUGCUGCGUGAGUCUCGCGGGCAUCUGCGUUGGCGAUGUCCGGGGUGGCGUGGACCCCGGAGCUGGCCGUCCUCAGGGGCUUCUCCACGGAGGCUGAGCGGCAGCAGUGGACGCAGGAGGGCUUCUCCGGUUCAGAGAGUGGGUCUUUCGUACAACUGCUGCUAGAUGGGAUGUGCAAGGCUGUGCUUUUAAAUACAGUGACUCAGAAUAUUUUUAAUUCAACCACAAUGGCUGAAGAAAAGAUUGACAGCUUCCUGGAGAAGAAGAUCGUGUCAUUCCUUGACAACUCAACAGAUUUGGACAAAACAGAAAGGCAGCAGCUGACAUUCCUACUUGGUGUGAGCAGUUUGCAGCUUUUUGUUCAGAGUAACUGGACCGGACCUCCUGUUGAUUUGCAUCCUCAGGAUUUUUUGCCGUCUGUUUUGUUUGAGCAAUUCAGCGAGGCCAAAGGACUGGAUGCAGCUGUUCUGAGCCUGCUUGUUCUAGAUGGUGAGUCAAUCUACAGCUUGACUUCCAAGCCAGUACUGCUUCUGUUAGCACGGAUCAUCCUGGUGCACCUAAGAGACAAACUGACAGCUAUUCAGAGCUUGCCGUGGUGGACUCUGCGGUGUGUGGCUAUUCACCAGCAGCUGCUUGAGGAGCGCUCGCCGCAGCUCUUUGCUCUGGCUGAGGACUGCAUUGGUCGAGUGAUGAAACUAGAGAAUCUGUUUGCAGGUGACGCUGGUCGAUGUUUGGCUAUUCAAUUCCAUCUAGAAAGUGCAUAUAUAUUUUUGUAUUAUUAUGAGUACAAAAAAGCGAAAGAUCAGUUCAAUAUUGCUAAAGACAUUGGCAACUUACAAAUUAAUUUGACAGGUGCUUUGGGGAAAAGGACACGAUUCCAGGAAAAUUAUGUAGCUCAACUGAUUCUAGACGUGAAAAGGGAUGGGGAUGUUCCUUCCUACCAUGAAUUCAGUCCGGUGCCUACUCCUCAGGAACACUUGACUAAGAAUCUUGAGCUCAAUGAUGAUACUGUUCUGAAUGAGAUCAAGUUAGCCGAUAGUGAGCAGUUUCAGAUGCCUGCGCUGUGUGCUGAGGAGCUGGCUGUAAUCCUUGGAGUCUGCACAAAUUUCCAAAAGAAUAACCCAGUGCAUAAAUUAACUGAAGAGGAGCUGCUGGCAUUUACAUCAUGUCUACUUUCGCAACCAAAGUUCUGGGCUAUUCAGACAUCAGCCUUGAUGCUGCGGACAAAACUUGAGAGAGGAAGCACCCGCCGCGUGGAGCGCGCAAUGAGGCAGACACAGGCUCUUGCAGACCAAUUUGAAGAUGAGACCACUUCUGUAUUGGAGCGUUGGAAGAUUUUCUACUGCUGUCAAGUGCCACCUCACUGGGCCAUUCAGCGCCAACUCGCAAGCUUGCUUUUUGAGCUGGGCUGUACCACUUCAGCACUUCAGAUAUUUGAGAAGCUAGAAAUGUGGGAAGACGUUGUCAUUUGUUACGAGCGAUCUGGACAGCAUGGGAAGGCGGAAGAAAUCCUUAGACAAGAGCUGGAGAAAAAAGAGACCCCGCGUUUAUACUGCUUACUUGGCGACGUCCUCCGGGAUCACGCUUGCUACGACAAGGCCUGGGAGCUGUCCCGCCACCGCAGUGCCCGGGCUCAGCGCUCCAAAGCCCUGCUUCACCUUCGCAACAAGGAGUUUCAGCAGUGUGUGGAGUGCUUUGAACGCUCUGUCAAGAUCAAUCCCAUGCAGCUCGGGGUGUGGUUCUCUCUGGGCUGUGCCUGUCUGGCCUUGGAAGACUACGGAGGUUCCGCAAAGGCAUUUCAGCGCUGUGUGACCCUAGAACCCGAUAAUGCUGAGGCUUGGAACAAUUUAUCAACUUCGUAUAUCCGGCUAAAACAAAAGGUAAAAGCUUUUAGAACUUUACAAGAAGCUCUCAAAUGUAACUAUGAACACUGGCAAAUCUGGGAGAAUUACAUCCUCACCAGCACCGAUGUCGGGGAAUUCUCUGAAGCCAUUAAAGCCUAUCAUCGGCUCUUGGACCUACGAGACAAGUACAAGGAUGUUCAGGUCCUUAAAAUUCUGGUCAAGGCAGUGAUUGAUGGGAUGGCUGAUCGAAGUGGAGAUGUUGCAACCAGCCUCAAAGGAAAGCUGCAGGAGUUAUUUGGCAGAGUAACAUCAAGAGUGACAAAUGAUGGAGAAAUCUGGAGGCUGUAUGCCCAAGUGUAUGGAAAUGGGCAGAGCGAGAAGCCUGAUGAGAAUGAAAAGGCCUUCCAGUACCUGUUGAAGGCAUACAAGUGUGACACACAGUCCACUUGUUGGGAGAAGAAUGUUGCUUCGUUUAAGGAAGUUGUUCAAAGAGCCUUAGAACUUGCACAUGUGGCUAUGAACUGCAGUAAAAACAAAUCCAGUCCUCAAGAAGCUGUGCAAGUGCUGUCUUCAGUGCGGCUCAAUUUGCGGGGCUUGUCGUCUAAAGCCAAGCAACUUUUUACAGAUGUGGCAAGUGGAGAAAUUUCCAGAGAGUUAGCUGAUGAAAUGGCAGCAGUGGACGCCUUGAUAGCACAGCUCCAAGACCUCAGCAAUCAGUUUCGAAAUCAGUAUUGACUGUCUGCGGAGAAACUUCUAGAAAAGGUGUUGUCCCUUCUGGGUUAUCUCUCAGACCUGUGUGUCUGAAACACAAGAUAAUGAUUUUUAAAAUAAAUUU